AAGAAAGUGGGCAAACACUAGGAGUGGAAACGCGUGUCGGUACUCUGCACCCGAUAAGGCUGUCCUCGUCUUCGAGUGUCGCUGUACUUCGCCGCCUUCACCGUGAACGCCCGAUCGACUUGCUACCACACUGCGAUCUCGCAUUCCAUCGAGGUAGUACGGACGGUCCCAGUUUAUCAGUUGGGCGGUAGCGAUUGGCAUUGCAUCAGAUUGAAAGUAGUUUCCUAAUAACUUUCUGAAAUAAAACGCUGGCGUGAUGGGGUCGUUAGAGGCUGAGCACAGACACAGGGAACAUCUACCGGCACUCGGAUUCCUUGGGAAAGACGGGCCUGGAUACGCUCCCAAGCACCCUGUUAUUGCAACAGCACCUACAUCCUCCCCGACACCACUUUUGAGCCCAACAACCAUGUAUCCAGGCCAACCUUUAUCGCUUUCCUACUCAGCAUCGACAGGCGCGGUUCCUUUGCAGGCUGGAUAUAUUUCGCCCCCGGAUUCGCGACGCGCGCUUGAGGAGGAGAAGGAGAAACAGCAGCCACAGCCUCAGAGGCAAUCCCUUCCGUCAAUUCAUGAGGCUCUAGGAAACGACAACCAUUUACCAUAUCCUGCACCCACCCCAGCCCCUCCACAACAAGCUCAUCACGUACCUCCCCAUUCCCUACCUUCUAACAUUGUCGGGCGGCCAGGAACGGAGGGGCCUCCGGGCCCUCCGAAUCCUUUCUCGAAUGGGGUUUCGACUGGUUCCUUCAUGCGCGAGUCUGCUUUUUCGCAUCAGCCUCAACUGCAAGCAGAAGCCUCACGGUCAAGCUUGGCAUCGAUUAACACCCAAGACUCGAGAAAUGCGUCCUUACAAUCUCUCAGUUCAGGGAAGUCGCCCACCCAGAGUGCAAAGACUGGCAUUACUUCGAUUUCCGGCUCCCAGCUUGGUUCCGGCUACGAGUACAGCGCGCCUCCCUCCGCUGGUAGUGUAGCCUCGCCCAAUGGUUAUGGCGCGUUUUCGCAACCAUUUACAUUCCAGUCACAGCCCCCCCAAAGUGCGCCCGCAUAUCCCCCUGCUUCUUACGAUUCUCGACCUUAUAUGGGGGCAUCAUGGAAGCCCACUGUCCCAGAAACUGCACGCAUGGACGAAGUGAAAGGAAGUUUUGCAACCCGGCCUACUAUUACGGGACAACCCCAGAGCGAUUCUGUCAAACGCCACCUGGAUAUUUUUGAUGUGGAGACACCUUUAAACGAGAUUGCCGAAAUAAGCUCGAGAACCAUGGAAUUUGCAAGGCGUUAUACGGCAAAGGCGCACCAAACCCAGCGUUCUGGCCCUGUGUUUGGUUCUCUGCCUUCGUUACAUGAAGUUGAUGAGAUGAUCAAAAUGCAGCAUCAUCAUCAGGAAGCUUUGAUGCGUAUACGAACAGCUGUCCUAAACCAGGAGCAUGCCAUGGCAGAGCAGAUGGCACAAAGAAAAGCCUACAAGGCCGGUGGGGCACAUGACGAUGUACAUAUGGCAAUGUACCAGGAGGAUUACAAGGGCAGUGGCGGGUUUGCCGGCGCAGAUUCGAAAAAGCGACGAGGGAAAGCUGCCCCUCCCGGUCGUUGCCACAGUUGCAACCGAGCCGAAACACCGGAAUGGCGCCGUGGGCCCGAUGGUGCCCGGACUCUAUGCAAUGCUUGUGGUUUACACUAUGCGAAAUUAACGCGAAAAAUGGGAGCGAACAAGGCAUCCUCUUUGGGUUCAAACUUAAAACCCAAGACUGCUCUUGACUCCGCAUCACCGAAUAGCCAUUAAUAUGUUAGUCUGCUCAUUUAUGUGGCGUUGGAAACGACCUGGGAUUAGAAGUGUCAGGCGUUAUGAGUCCUGUUUCCACUUUUGAUCAUUACCUUAUGUUGGUUUCGUUUUG